CGUUUCAGAGUUUCAGUACGAAUUGUCGUGUCAAGCGCACAGGAAGCGAUCGCAACCCGGAUCGGAUUGGAUCGGCCGGAUUGAGCCGCCAUAUGUACUAUAUAUACAUCGCAGACUUUACGGUGAACAGCGACGAUCGCAUGUGGACAAACAAUUAAAUGUAAUGCCAAACGCCAAACAAAAAUAGUAAUAAUCGGCUAGCAUUCGGCUCGAGUUAUCUACAAAAUAUAGCCCUUCAUUGAAUAACACGUAAACAUCGUAAUGGAAAUUGCCAAAUAAAGCACAAGGUCAAAGAAGCGCUAAAAAAUACAACAAAAUAGAAGAGAAGUAAAGUCGAAAUAGACACAGAAGUACCAGCAAAAUGACGGCCAACACAACGACGUCGGAGGAAAAUCUGCUGCGAAGUGGCGGACAGCCGCAGGAGCCCUCCACGCCCACCUCGGAUGCAGAAGUGGGCGGUGGCACGCCCAACGAACUGAGCGAGAUCUUCUUCGUGGACAACAGCCGGCGCAAGCAGAGCAUCAAAAUCCAGGUGAAACUCUGCCCGGAAGGGGUUUACCUGCGUCGCGAGACCGACGAGGAUGAUCACAUCAAUGAGCAGCUCAUCAGGAUCGAUGAUAUCAUUGGAUCGCGCUACGGUCCGCGAUUGAAGAAGCGGGCGCGUGGUGGCCUAAACUCCUGCCGGAAUCCAAAUGUACCGGGCCAGGAGGCGGAUCCGGAACCGGAUAGCGAUAAUAGCGCCUAUUUGUACAUCUAUGCGUAUCUGAAGAAGGAGAAGCCGCUGCGGCGUGUCCAAACGCUCAGGAUUCUACGCUUUCGAUCGAGCAAUGACUAUGGCGUGAAUCUGCAGACCGCCGAGCUGUGGCAUCUGACGAUACGGAAGCACAAGCGCGGCAAUGGCAGCAGUUCGCCCGCCGAUUGUGGCAAACCGUUGCUCAUACUCCUGAAUCCGAAAUCCGGCUCUGGCAAGGGUCGUGAGCUCUUCCAGAAGCAGGUGGCACCUUUGCUGACGGAAGCCGAGGUGCAAUACGAUCUACAGAUCACCACACAUCCGCAGUUUGCCAAGGAGUUCGUGCGGACCAGAAGGGAUCUGUUGGAGCGAUAUUCGGGCAUUGUUGUGGCCUCCGGCGAUGGUCUAUUCUACGAAGUGCUCAAUGGGCUGAUGGAGCGCAUGGAUUGGCACAGAGCCUGCAGGCAACUGCCACUUGGCAUCAUUCCAUGUGGCUCCGGUAAUGGUUUGGCAAAAAGUGUGGCCCAUCACUGCAACGAACCGUAUGAACCGAAGCCCAUUCUACACGCCACCUUGACUUGCAUGGCGGGAAAGAGCACACCCAUGGAUGUGGUCAGAGUGGAACUGGCACCGGGGGAUAAGCACUUUGUGAUGUACUCUUUCCUGUCGGUGGGCUGGGGCCUGAUAGCCGACAUCGAUAUAGAAAGCGAGCGAUUGCGAUCGAUUGGAGCGCAGAGAUUCACGCUUUGGGCCAUCAAGAGGUUAAUUGGCUUGCGCAGCUACAAGGGCCGGGUGUCCUACCUACUGGCCAAGGACAGAAAGGAACCACCAGUGGAAGCGGCAAAGGAGGCUCGAGAGAUUCCCGUAGAAUCAGACCAGCAGAAGCGACCGUCUUUGCCAUUGAAUGCCGGGGAAUUCCAUGAUCUACCCGAGGAGGAGGAGGGGGAUCUGGAUGGAGAACAGUUCGCCGACGCUAUAUCCCUGGAUCGUUCGGUUUAUCGCCAGCAUGCCGACAGUUGGCACUCGGCCAUGUCCAGGAGAACGGCCUAUUACUCCGUGGGAGGACCCAGUAUGCGAUCCAAUCGCAGCCGAAUGAGCAUUAGCCAGCGAAUCGAGGCGGCCAAUGCGGAAUUCGCAGAGAAGGUGCCAACGGGCACCAUUCCCGGAUUACAGAUGCCGCUGCCCAGUAGCGAGGGUUGGAUCUGCGAGGAUGGUGACUUUGUGAUGGUCCAUGCCGCCUAUACCACCCAUCUCUCCUCCGACGUCUUCUUUGCCCCCGAUUCCCGACUGAACGAUGGCCUCAUCUACCUGGUGAUAAUCCGGAGUGGCGUUAGUCGCCAUCAGCUGCUCAAUUUCAUGCUGAGCCUGAACACAGGCACCCAUCUGCCCAUCGGCGAGGAUCCGUUCAUCAAGGUGGUGCCAUGUCGGGCAUUCCGCAUCGAGCCGAGCAGCACCGAUGGCAUCCUGGCGGUGGACGGCGAGCGGGUGGAUUACGGACCCAUUCAGGCGGAGGUGAUGCCCGGCCUGAUCAAUGUGAUGACCACCAUGGGUCAGUAGUGUAGCAAUCGUGUGUGCAAUAUUAAAUCCAUAUGCUGUUUAAAGCGCAUUAGGGUCAUUCAGAGAAUGUCAA